AUGGGGAGUAUGGUCGAAUUGGAGAGGCGGGUGGUGGAGCUGGUGACGGCGGCGGAGGCGAAGGGGAAGGAAAAGGAGGAGAGUCCGGUGAUUUGGGCCAUGGAAUUGGGCCAAUGUGUGGAGGCAGCGCCCAGCAUUGAGUUGGCGGAGGUUGUCGUGACCCAACUCUGUUUCCGGCACAACAAGCCUUGUCUCUGGAAGGUGAUUCCUCAACGGCGAUCUCAGCCAGAAGCUUAUAGGCUGUUUCUUGAGCUUUUGCGGCGGUAUGCAUUUUCAUUUGGUUCAAUUGCUGGAGAUGGGCCCAAACAAAAGAUAGCAAAAUCGGUUAAUCUAGCUCUUCAACUUUCUGAGACAUACAAGGUUCCUGUUGUGGAGUAUGGACAUGCACUGGUCUUGUUCUUUUUGAGUACCAUAAUCAGCUUGGUUGAUAGCACCUUGGAUGAUUGGGGUUUGAAGAUGACAUCUCGAAAGAGACCAAGAUUAGCUUUUGGAGGUUCAAGCGACCAUGAUGGUGAGACAGAUUCUAUAAGAAAUGAGAAUUUUAGAAGUAACGAACAUCAGGAGAGGAUUACGACAAUGAAUUCUUUUUUGGCCAUGGAGGUGCUGGGAAACCUAACAGAAAGCAGAAAAGCUAUGGUUCUGCUUCGCCUUGUUCACUUGAAUAUGCCUGAAAAGUUCAAUGGCCUCCUGCAGAGGUUACUGUUUCUUGAAGCUCGUCAACUGCCAUCCUCAGAUUUGAAUUCUCCAGUGCAACUAUUGGCAAGAUUGUCAGGCAAUAUACAGAGAGUCUCUGGCUUUGAAUACCAGUUGAAUAAGCGCCAACUCGUUGGAGUGCUUCUUGAUAUUGGAUCUCAGAAGCCAACAUUCCACUGUAAUUCUGGAUAUGGUCCUUCUACUUGUUGGGAACGUGAUCCCCUUGAGGGCCCUAUACCACAUCUUGAGUCACGUCUCUGUGUCCUUUUGUCUAUUGUCCCCUUGGCAAUUGCUAACGUUUUGGAGGACGAGGCCAACUUGAAUUCCUCAUCUCUUAAAGAUACAGCUUCCAGGAAUGUGGAAAAUGGAGAUGGACAUGAAAUGAAUAGCAAAGCAAGUACCUCAAGGAAACAUGGACUAAUUUCUUCUCUAAAAAUCCUUGGGAACUUCUCUGGCCUCCUAUGCCCUCCUUCAUCAGUCUCUGAUUCAGCAAAUAGUGCAGCAACAAAAGCAGCUCGCUUUAUACAUAAUUCCAACAAUGAAAAGGAUGCAUCAGGUGGAGGCAGCUGUGGUAAUACUUGUAUAACAGCAGGUGGUGACAUGAGGCACCUUAUUGUGGAAGCUUGCAUUGCAAGAAAUUUAAUUGACACAUCAGCAUAUUUUUGGCCUGGAUAUGUGUCUGCAUCCAUGAUCUCACCAUCAAGUACAGCGCCGGUUCAAAAGUCCCCAUGGUCAACAUUCAUGGAAGGAGCACCGUUGAGGGAUUCCCUUAUAAACACUCUUAUGAUGACCCCAGCUUCAAGUUUGGAAGAGAUUGAGAAGUUAUAUCAUAUUGCACUAAAUGGGUCACAAGAGGAGAAGUCAGCAGCUGCAAAGAUCCUGUGUGGUGCAUCCCUAAGAAGUGGAUGGAACAUUCAGGAACAUGUGGUGCACUUUAUGGUUAAGCUUCUUUCUCCUCCUGUACCUCCCAAUUAUACUGGACCGAGUCACUUAAUUGAUCAUAUGUCAAUGCUGAGUGCUAUCCUUUUUGGAGCUUCCACUAUUGAUACAGUUCAUGUACUUUCAUUGCAUGGUGUGGUCCCCCAGGUGGCAGGCUCUUUAAUUCCACUAUGUGAGGACCUUGGGUCACUUAAGCCUUCAUCAAAUAACAAGUCAAGCAUGGAUGAUGAGUCCUCCAUUCACAUGGUUUUUUCUCUGGCAUUUCUUUUCCUUCUUCGUCUAUGGAAAUUCUAUAGACCACCUCUUGAGCAAUACGUUGCAGAGAGAGGAGGAGCUGUAGGAGGUGAGCUGACUUUGGAGUAUCUUUUGAUAUUGCGCAAUAGCCAUGUUGCCUCUGCCUGGAAUGAUACAAACAACAGUGCUCAUCAAUAUGAAUCAGCAUCUGAAAAACCAAUGUACAUUGAUUCAUAUCCAAAACUAAAAGCCUGGUACAGUCAAAACAAAUCUUGUGUAGCUUCAACACUUUCUGGUCUCUCCAGUGGAAAUCCUGUUCAUGAAGUUGCUAAUAAAAUUUUGAGUAUGAUCUACUGGAAAAUGACUAGAACUGGAGCCCCAUCAAGUAAUUCUCCUGCACUAUCAAGCGGCAGCUUUAGUGGCUCCCCUGCUGAUGUUGGGGAGGAUGUGAAUCAGAGACCGAUGCUUCCUGCAUGGAAUGUGUUGGAAGCCAUUCCUUUUGUUCUUGAGGCUAUUUUAACUGCGUGUGCCCAUGGCAGGCUUUCAUCUCGGGACUUAACCACUGGCUUGAGAGACCUAGUUGAAUUUCUACCUGCUUCUCUUGCUACUAUUAUCAGUUACUUCUCUGCAGAAGUCACUCGUGGUAUAUGGAAACCAGUCCCUAUGAAUGGAACAGAUUGGCCUAGUCCAGCAGUGAUUCUCAAAUCAGUCGAGUCUGAAAUAAAAGAAAUACUUGAGUCUGUUGGUGUCAGUGUUCCAAGCUGUUUCACUGAGAUUUCAACUGUAAUGCUUCCCCUUCCGCUAGCUGUUCUUGUGAGUUUGACCAUUACUUUUAAACUUGAGAGGAGUGUUGAAUACAUUCAUGCUGUUGCUGGGCUAGCCUUGGAGAACUGUGCAUCAGGUUGCCCUUGGCCUAGCAUGCCUAUUGUUGGCUGUUUGUGGGCUCAGAAGGUACGCCGCUGGCAUCAUUUCAUUGUGGUAUCAUGUUCUCGCUCUGUAUUUAAACAAAACAAAGAUGCUGUUGCCCAGCUCCUAAGAAGUUGCUUUUCCUCCUUUUUUGGAUCCCACCACACAUCAACCUCUUUGUUGUCCAGCGAAAGCAGCGUGAGUGGUCUUUUGGGCUAUACUAUCACAGGCUGUAGUGCCCGUCCUUCUGUAGCACCUGGGUUUCUAUACCUUCGCUCUUGCAGGACAAUACUGGUUGUCCAAUAUGUUAAUACUGUGAUUGUAGAGCUUGUAGCAGAGUAUGCUUUGAAAUUAGCCUCUAAAUGGGCAAGCACAGACUCCGCUCGCUUGAAUUCUACCCAAGCAUCACUGUCUCUGGCUAUUUCUAAGGCAAAGGAGGCAGCAACACUUGGUGCAUGUCUCUUAUGUGUUGCAGGUGGUGUCGGGCUGGUCCAAGAAUUGUACCAUGAAACCAUUCCAACCUGGUUACUCUCACCAAAGGAAGAGAAGCUCGGCCAGGCAAGUUCUGUAUCGCGUGUGAUGGAGGGGUACGUGAUGGCAUAUCUGGUGAUUCUGGUUGGUUCAAUAGAAUGGGGCUUUGCAGACAAGCUGCCAGCAUGGGCAAUCUCUAGAAGAGCCAGCAUUAUUGGAAUUCAUAUGGACUUUCUGGCAGGGGUUUUAGAGGGAAACAUAUCACUUGGUUGUGAUCCUGCUACAUGGAAAUCUUAUGUUUCUUGUCUGGUGGGAUUAAUGGUAAAGUUUGCUCCAACAUGGAUUAAAGAUGUGAAGGUGGAGACACUGAGGAAAUUGGCCGGUGGAUUAUGGGGGUGGCAUGAAUGUGAGUUGGCCCUUUCUCUUCUUGAAAGAGGUGGUGCUUCUGCCAUAGGGUCCGCUGCAGAACUGGUAAAUGCAUUGAACUGA